GAAGAGCCUGCAGCCGGGAGGGUGACCCUGCCGUCUCCUUCUGUGUAUCCUGGGUCUCAGCACCUAACUGUUAGGUCCCCGCCGACAAGGAGCCAGGCCAAGAGACCUUGUGAGAGUUUAAGGAACUUUAUUACAUUCUCUCACGGUUUAACCGUGUCAGCAAGCGAGAGGCGGGAGAGGUGUCGGCGGUGGCGGGAAACCGGGCCUAGGGCUGCUUUUCUCAGCCGGUCAGCUGUCUCCCUUGGCCCCUGAAAUGAGAAUAACAGGAGAAUCGCUGAAAGGGCAGGACCCCCGAGCGGGGCGCCAUGGGGGCCAGGCCUGCGUGCAUGGGAGAGGUUCCGAAUAUGCCUGCCAGGGGGCCAACAGGGGAAAGCCCAGAGACUAGGAAACCACGGGACUCCUAACCGGCAGCCUGGUGCUUGCUGCUGAUCACAUCUGCAAAUUUGUUCAACGAAAGGAAAGGCCUUAGGAUGCCGGAUCCCAAAAAGAGUGUAAAUCAUACACUCCGCACAAGACAAACGUCUCCGCUGGACUUAACGGCGGGGAAACUCGCAACGACCCGGUGCCAACCGGGACCGCGGGGAUCCCAGCGGCCACGCCCCCUGGCGUCUGCGCAGGCGCAGGAGGCGGAGGGCCGGAGGUGUGGGGGCGGGGCGCGACGCCUGCCCGGGCGCACGGCGUGCGUUGCCCCGCCCCGGAAGUGCCGUGUCCACGCGCUUCGGAGGCGUAGGGAGUGCAUCCUGGGGCACCAAGGAGGUCACAAGUCAUGUGACGGCGGCUUACUGAGGAACCUGUCUUGGAAGCUGGUCCCUGAAGAGGCAGCGGACAACCGCGAACCUUGCUGCGAGAGAGCCCAGGCGUGGAUAUCGAACCUGCGGGAGAAAGGGGUUCGUCAUGGCGGAUUGGCCAAUGAUAAUGCUCCAGAGCAUGCUUUGAGACCUGGUUUCUUAUCUACUUUUGCCCUUGCAACAGACCAAGGGAGCAAACUUGGACUUUCAAAAAAUAAAAGUAUCAUCUGUUACUAUAAUACCUACCAGGUGGUUCAGUUUAAUCGUCUACCUUUGGUGGUGAGUUUCAUAGCCAGCAGCAAUGCCAAUACAGGACUAAUUGUCAGCUUAGAAAAGGAACUUGCUCCAUUAUUUGAAGAAUUGAGACAAGUUGUAGAAGUUUCUUAACCUGACUGUGGUUUUAAUGUCUACCUUAUCUUCAUUAUAACAGAUAUCAAUCUAGCAAUCUCGAGACCACAACAUACUUAUAUCCAUGUACCCAAAAAAGGGUCCCUUUUUUACCUUGUACUAAAAAUUUAUGGACAAAUUGUUGUCUUUUCUUGUACAGGUGUUAUUCACUGAGAUCUGGGGAUACCACAGAAAUGGUUCUGUCUGUCACAGCUCCCGUGGAGUUAGUCCAUCCCCAAAUCUGCAUGAGAGUCUCUUGGGUGGGUCGGAAUCAAAAUGGUCCUUUGACCCACUUGAGCCAUGAAGUGUUCCCCCUUGUACAUUCUGCCAGGCCUGCAGAUAGAAGCAGAUCUAUUUUAUUGUGAAUAAUAAUGACAUAUUUUUUUCAUAUUGUUUUCUUUGCAUUAAGUGUGGGGACAUAAAAUGGCUUAGUAAAAGUAAUAAAAUCAGUACAAUCAC